AUGAUUGAUGGGAUUCCAACGACACUGAAAGUGCGAUCGGCGCAGCCGGAAGAGCCAGCUCAGGACGCACCCGCGACUCCCACCGGUUUGGACUUCGCAGACGAUCUCCUGAGCGUUCACACUGACUGGGGCGAGUCAAAGCCCAAUCCAUGCCUAGAAAUCGACGCCUUCGUGGAGAUCAUCACACAGUUUGAGGCGACACGUCCAGGGGUUGUGAGAUCGAUCCCCAUCUUCGUCAUCCUGCAACACUCCCUGUUCUACGCCCGCAAAGGACGCCUGCAGGAGCUGUGGUAUAGCUCAAGCGAGGAGGCAAAGGUUAUCGAUGAGUUCUGGUCUCACAGCUGGCAGGCUCCAGCUUGGCAGAAGUAUGUCAACCUCCUCUUUUUGAACAACACCUGGCCGGCAAGCGUGGUAGGCACCCUCGCCGCGGUUACCUCAUUUGUCCUCUUCUUGACGGGAGUUUUGCCUGAAUGGGCGGAGACGGGCCGGACCUGCAGAUGGUGUAUCCUCCUGGGCACGCUGGCCUACUACCCGACUUUCUUGCUUCUUUACUGCAUGCAGCUUCUACAAGGCCCCAAACCCCAGAGGGUUCAUAUACUACCACCAAUAUGGAAUUCCAUAAUGGUAGUAAUUACUUAUGGACCCUCUGAGAAUCCGAGCCCUAAGCCACCCCAAUUCCGAAGGAUUCCCGUAGAGUUUCUCUGGCAUUUUGCAACAAGCCUGAAGCUACAUUCGAGACCUACCUGA